AACCGACGACGUUCGGCGUCAUUACAGAGAAGCUGAACGUUUCCGAAGGAGAUCGCCGCGAAGAACCGUCUGCAGCAGCGCAGUCGGCGGAGGAGAAGCCGGACGAAUCCAGAUGUGUGACGGUUAAUGCGCUAUGGCUCGGGUCGGUAACGGAGCGGACGGCGCGGAACCGGAGGAGGAGGACUGUUUUGAAGAUGCUUUCGAUCGCAUCCCAGUGGCGUCUAAGAUGGACCUGCGGACGUCUAUAGAGGAGUGCAGCAUGGCCCUUAACCUGGUCCUCAACAACAAGUUCUCUGAAGCGCUGGAUCUGCUCAGACCCUGGUGGAAGGACAGCAUGUAUCACGCUCUGGGCUACAGCAGUGUCCUGGUCAUGCAGGCCACCAUGACCUUCGAGCACAGAGACAUCCAGGCCGGGAUGAGCACCAUCAGAGAGGCCUUGGAGACCUGUCAGAGGUUCAGGAAACGGAGCUCGGUGGUGGAGUCCAUCUCCAGCCUGAUGUCCAAACACACGCUCGAAGGCCUGACAGCAGAGGAGAUGCAUGCGGAGAUCUGCUACGCUGAGUGUUUGCUGCAGAAAGCCAUGCUAACAUUCAUACAGGAUGAAAACAUGAUCAGUUUUAUUAAAGGAGGAAUUAAAAUACGCACAAGUUAUCAAAUUUACAAGGACUGCCAGAGUCUGUUGAACGGGUCUCAGGGAGUGGGCGGAGACAGCGAGGCCUUCAGACAGUUUGAGGGCGGAGUCAAGCUGGGGAUUGGCUCCUUCAACCUGAUGCUGUCUCUACUUCCUGCAAGAAUCCUUCGACUGCUGGAGUUUAUCGGCUUCUCAGGGAACAGAGAGUUCGGUCUGUCUCAGCUGCAGGAGGGAGCUGGCAGUCACAGUCUCAGGUCCAUCCUCUGUGUCCUGACGCUGCUCUUCUAUCACACUUACGUCUGUCUGAUUCUGGGCACUGGUGAAGGGAAUCUGCUGGAGGCCGAGGCGUUACUAGAGCCGUACAUCGAGAGAUUUCCACGGGGCUCGAUCAUCCUGUUUUACUCAGCUCGGAUCGCUUUACUGAGGGGAAACUUCGAGAAUGCGCUGGUGAAGUUCCAGGAGUGUAUCUCCACACAGCAGCAGUGGCGUCAGAUCCAUCAUCUGUGUUACUGGGAGCUGAUGUGGUGUCACUCGUUCCAGCAGCAGUGGAGAGAUGCGUAUCGAUACGCAGACCUGCUGUGCCGAGAGAGCCGCUGGUCUAAAGCCAUCUACAUGUAUCAGAAAGCUGCGAUCCUGAGCAUGAUGUCUGAGGACGAGCUGAAGACGACUGGAGAGGAUGUGGGGAAGCUGUUCAGGCAGGUGGAGGGACUGAAGCAACGGCUGGCCGGGAAAUCCAUCCCUAUGGAGAAGUUUGCCAUCAGGAAAUCACGCAGAUACUCCUCAGCCACACCCAUCAAACUUGUGAUUCCUGCACUGGAAAUGAUGUACGUGUGGAAUGGCUUCACCAUUGUUGGGAAGUGGGCAGAUGCCACUGAGAGUUUACUGAUCACCAUCGAGAGAGCAGAAGAGCAGCUGCGCAACGAUCCCAACCCGUCUGAGGUUCACCCUGAUGAUCAGUGUCUGGUUCAGAUGUUAAAGGGUUUGUGUUUGAAGCAUCUGGGCCGAUUGCUUCAAGCCGAGCUCUGCUUCACACAAGUGUUGAGCAGUGAAAAGCGCAUCCGCUAUGAUCACUAUCUGAUCCCCUUCACUCUCUAUGAGCUGGGUUUACUCUACAAGCAGCAGGGGGACUGCGUUAAAGCCACACGCUACAUCAAGGACGCCAAGUUGAAUUAUAAGGGUUAUUCGAUGGAGUCUCGUCUUCAUUUCCGCAUCCAUGCGGCUCUCAGCAGUCUGAAGAGUUCUCCCACAAACUCUCCGUGAUGAAGGACAACGUUCGACCGGACGAUCAACACGCGACAAGCACCUCACGACCGCCAUCGAAGCACCAAAGCAGCGUAGCGACUAGAAAAACACAUUCACCAACCAUUCCAAACCAAAGUCAUCAGUAACGUCAAAACUAGCAUCUGUGUACCUCAAACCUGAACAUCUGAACACUUACUUGUUGUUCGUUUAAAUACAGAGUUGUGCGUUUGUCCAGCCAAUCACACAGCAGAAGAAACUCGCUGACGUCCAAUCAGAAAACAGCUGCUGUAAUGAAUGUAACGUUUACAAAUCUGUCUACUUGUGUGUCUUACAUUGAGUGCCUCUGUUUUGUGUGUGUGUGUGUGUGUGUGUGUGUGUGUGUGUCAUUUGUACGUCUGUUGUUCACUGCAAUACAAUUCUUAGAGGUUAUAUUAUGCUUAUAACAAAUUUAGACGCUCCAAGCAAUUCACAAAAAAAUCCUUUGAAAGCAAUAAUAAUCAGUCAACAAUCAUGCUGAGAAGAAACUGUAAAAAAAAAAAAAAAUCUAAAAAGGGUUUGUUUUGUUGUUCACUUUAAACUUAUUAUAAAACGGUUUUAUUGGUUAAUGUUUUAAAUGUAGCGGGUGGGACUGUUAAUUAUUUUUGCAUGUAUGCUCUUGUUUUAAUGUUUAAUACCAAAUAUAUUGUACAACAAUCAAAUACAGUUGAUUAAAUACAGUAUACUAUUUUAUAAA